AUGUUUUUCGGUGCUCGAACCAAUCGUAGAAGAAGCAAUCGCGGUGGUAGAUCAGGUGCUACCAAUCCCGGUGCUACCAAUCCCAGUGCUGCUAAUUCCACUGCCACUAAUCCUAGUGAUCCAAAUUCCAGUGCUACUAACAGAGCGACCCCCAGUGCGACUCCUGGUGCGAAUCCCACUGCGACUCCCACUGCGACUCCCAGUGCGACUCCCAGCGCGACUGGUCCCAGCGUUACUACAGGUCCAGCACCUACGACGACUCUCAGCACGGCGAGUCCGAGUGCUGCGACGGCAGUAGAUCCCAUGAUGAAUCCCGAUCCUGCCAUGGAUCCCACUGCCAGCACGACACCGUUUCUCUCCGCUCUCGCGUCUCUCGCCCUGCCACCUAUCCGCAUAACGUCUACCCGUGUGAAGCUGCCAGAUGGCCGCCACGUGGCGGUGUGUGAGUGGGGCGCGGCUGCCAGCGAUGCACGUGUGACCAUUGUUGUGCUGCAUGGCACGCCUAGCUGCAGGCUCGUGGGCAUUCCCAUGAUCAACCCCUCUCUCCUCCUCGCCCGCAAAAUCCGCAUAGUCUCCUUCGAUCGCCCUGGAAUCGGCCAGUCAGACUACCACCCGGGAUGGACCCUCCACUCCUCUGCCUCCGAUCUUCUCUACCUCGCGCCUCUCCUCUCCCUACCGCCCAAGUUCUGGGUUCUCGGAUACUCUGGAGGAGGCCCCCAUGCCCUCGCAGCUGCUAGGUUCCUGCCUGAUCGCCUGGCGGGGGUGGUGCUGUGGGCUGGCGAUGUGAAUCCGUGGGAUCUGGUGGCGGCCAUGGUUGGGGGAGGGGGGAUGCGGGCGAAGCGGGGAGUGGCGGCAGGGGAGGGCAGGGGGGAGAGUGGUGGGGAGCGAGAGCAGAGGAGAGGUUUCAGGGAGUGGGGUGCGGCAGAGGAGAGCAAGGAAACGAAGGAGAGCAGUGGGAGCAGUGGGAGCAAGGAGAGAUCAGAACCAUCGUCCAUGCUCUCCAAGCUCCACAAGCAGUGGUCCGCAUGCCAGCAUGCAGCUCUCUUCGCCCUCUCUCUCUGGGCCGCCCUGCCUUUCCCUGCGCGCCUGCGCUUCGAGUGCCUUCGCUGGAUCCCCCCCAGUGUCGUCCCCCUCCUCUGCCCGCUGCUCUUCCCGCCGUCCCUCGUUCGCGUGCUUGCGCCUGUGGUGCUGUCGGAAACGGCUAUUCAUCGUGCGCUCAUGUCGUAUGUGCAGUGGGCGGAUGCACAGGCGAUUUCCCAUCCCCACACCCUCCACAGGCUCGCAGCCACCUGUCAGGAAGCCCUGUACCAGGGGAACGUGCAGGCAGUGCUGGAGGACCUGCUGCUGCCCGCACAGCCCUGGGGAUUCUCCCUCACGGAUCUCAAGCACUUCGACUUCCCCAUCCACGUUUGGCAGGGCACGGAGGACCAAGAUGUGCCAGUGCUGCUAUCAGACCUGCUGGCGCACCUGCUGCCGUGUGUGUCGCUGCACCUGUUGCACGGCCACGGCCACUACUCGCCCUUCACUCACCCUGACUUCCACCGCUUCGUCCUUGAUACGCUCUCACCUGCUGCUGUGCCUGCUGCUGCUGUUGCUGGAGAUUCCUAG